GCCAUGUUUGGUGGCCCUGAACAUCCACCACAACAUCUACACAAUGUCCAGAGUAAUUCGUUUUUAUCGUGUUUUAAGAAGAAAUCCGAAGAAAUCUAUAGUUUUGUCUGCAAUAUUAGCUGGCGGUGUUAAUUAUGGUAUAGAUAAGUAUGAAGAGAAGCAGAUGAUGCGAGCCUUCUGUGAGAAAGCUAUGGUGUAUGGGGAGUGUAGCAAGCCGCUGGGGGAACCUGAACGACAUAUUACCGUUCUUCUCAACCCUGCCGCUAAGGACGGCAAGGGCAAGGUGCAGUUUGAGCGGUAUUGUGCCCCACUGUUGCACUUAGCAGGAAUUAAAGUUGCAACUGUGAGGACGGAGAAUGAAGGCCAGGCCAGAGACUUGAUGGAAAUCAUGGAGAAUACUAAUGCUGUUGUGGUUGCAGGUGGCGAUGGAACCUUGGGUGAAGUGUUGACUGGGCUGUUGCGUCGAGCUGACCACUCCGAGGCCGCCCGAAAACUUCCCCUGGGCAUCCUGCCUCUCGGAAAUACCAACACUUCCACUGCAGCUAUAUGGGGGUUUAGAGGAAACCCUGAGCCACGACAUCUGGCCGAAGCAACGAUGGCAAUAGUUGAAGAUAUCAGACGUCCUCUAGAUGUAAUGGAAAUAACUCCAUUACAGAGUGUAGAGGAAGGAGAAUCCCCAUCUAAGCCUGUUUAUGCAGCCUCCAUGCUGGAGUGGGGAGCGUAUAGAGACGCAGUAGAUAGAAAAGAUGUCUAUUGGUACUGGUCCUUCUUAAAGAAAUACAUGACUUAUGUAUUUUCCAGCUAUAAAGAUAUUACAUGGGACUGUGCAGCAGAGGUGGAAUAUUCUGUUCCUUGCUCGGGUUGCUCUCGAUGUCGUGUAAAUAUCGACCAAGAGAACACCCAGAGGAACAGUGCUGCUGAAACUCCUCGAAGAUGGUGGAUGGCAUAUAUCCCCAAAGCCAAACCAGUGGUAGGAAGGAAAUCAGAUGAAGAAAAAAUUGACUACAGCAGUAUAAUUAAUGAAGAAUGUGGAGUAAUGCACAAGACGACCUUCAAUAAUAUCUGCGAUGUUACAGUGUCAACAAGAAAUACACCACAGUCAUUGGAUGUUCCCAGUUAUGCACUCUCACUAAAAACAGGUCCAGCCAAUAUUGGAACCUUAGAAUUUAUCAAAGAAGGUUGGAGCAGAGAAUGGGAUAAAGUAAAGAGUUAUGCAUCUGAAAUUAAUAUUGGGGAAAUAAUAUUGAGACCAAGUGAGAAAAAAACUGAAAAGGGUACCGAUCAAGAACUGAACAUUGACAGUGAAACGUUUGAAGUUCGGCCUAUGAAGAUAAAGGCCAGGCCUAGUGCCGUCACCAUUUUUGCCCCAGCAGAUCCCCCAUUUACUGCCCAUAGUGGUUAAAAUUUAUGUAAAUUAACAUUUUUAUAGAGAAUAGUGUUUUAAGAGAUGGUUUUGAGUUAGUGAUAAAUAUUGUUGUUACUGUGUACUUAAAAGAGAAGCCAUGAAUACCUGGUUAAUAAAAUUUAUCUUCAAGUUAUUUGUAAAACAAUUAAUUUUAAAAUGAGAUUUUUAUUUGUAAAGAUAAUUACAGUGAAACCUCUGUAUAACAGACUAAUGGGAGGAAGGAAAUGUCUGUUUAAACAAAGAUCCACUGUCAAAAUGCCCAGUGCAAUGAACUGGUACCAUUGUACAUGCACUGCCAUGAAUAAAAUCUUAAUGUAGUGGGCUUA